AUGUGCUUUUGUCUUACAAUUAGUGCUUACUCUGCCAUAUCUGAGAGUGCUACCGUCAUUGACUGCUGUACUGUAGGUAAAUAUAACUUCAAUCAAGCGUUAGAAUGCCUAAGGGACGAAUCGACAAAGGAUUCUGCUAAUUAUGGAUCAGAUACUAAGGAACUACCGACGGAUUCACCAUAUGCAUGUGGAUGCUCGUACGAAUACAAGUCAAACGAUAUAUUCUACAAAUGCAGUUUCAAAGGCGAAUACAAAUUUGGAGAAAAUGACUUUCUUGAAUUCGAAGUUGUAUCAAGAGACCCUAUGAUUCAAAGAUGCUGUAGCUUAGACAAAAAUUUUAAGGAGUCUGUUGAAUGCUUAAGAUGGGUGCGCAACCAGACAGAUUUUGAAGAUGCAACUGUUUCACCGAUUAAUGGAGGAAAUUCUGUCACACAAUUUUCAAGGAAUUUUAUAGAUCAGUAUACUUGCGAUUGCAACCCAAAACAGCUCGGAGGAGAGAAUUACUACGAAUGUGUAUUUUUUAGUGAUUUCGGGACGGUUAAAUACAACUUUACCAAAACUUCAUCUUCGAGUGACAUAGUAUUCUGCUGUAGCACUAUAGAGUACACUGAACAAGGAGUUAAUGAUCGGGUUGAAUGUUUGAGAGAAAAGGAAGAUUUUAUACCUUCAGAGCAAUUAGGUGGAAACAUAGAUCCAGCAAGAAUUGUACUAACAUACAGUGGCGAUCAUACCAAUAGCUUAGAUGACUCUACAAUCCACGAACAAGUUGAUGGACAAGCUGGUGAAGCUAAUGUUGUAUCAGUGACUAAAAGUGUGCCAGUGUCAGGCUCAGGUAAUGCAUCCUCAAUAAAUGGUGUGCCAGAAACAGACGAGGCGUCCGGGACAGGUGGUGCAUCAUCAACAGGUGGUCCGUCAGGGAGUAGUGGUGUGUCAGGGACUGAAGGUGUGUCAGGGACUGAAGGUGCAUCGGCAACAGGUGGUGUGUCAAAGACUGGAGAUGCAUCAGCAACAGGUGGUGUGUUAGGCAUAAGCGGUUUGUCAGGAACUGGAGGUGCAUUGGCAACAGGUAGUGUGUCAGGGAGAAGUGGUGUAGUAGGCACUGGAGGGGCAUCAGCAACAGGUGUUGUGUAA